AUUAUACUACUAAAUUAUAAUUGGAACAUAAUUUAAAUAUAUAUGAUGUAAAAUUAGAUUCCUAUUAGUGUUUGAAGUGGGCUUCUGUACUCAGAAUCCGAUCUUAAUUGGGAUAUAUCUCUGAGUUAUAUAUAUGGCUUGUUGUAGGGUUUGUGUAUUCUUCCACCAAAAACCAGAAAAACUUGAGAGAAUUGCCGAUAUUAAGCACAAUGAUGUCGAAUUGGUCUGAGCUUCAGUAUGAUCUGCUUGUUCUAAUAGUACAACGUAUAAAUUUGAUUGAGGACUACCUUACUUUUGGGACUGUUUGCAAAUCUUGGCAAUGCGCCGCCACCAAGGAAAAUUUCAACAGUGACCUGCCUAGAAUUCCGUGGUUGAUGUUAGCAGAGGAUGAAGACAAUUCCUGUAGAAAAUUCUUCAGCCUCUACAAUGGCAUGAUUUUAAACAAGAGGGUUCCGAAAGCCAUAGGAAAACGAUGUCUAGAGUCUAUGGGAUGGCUAAUCACAACCGGGAAAGAUGAUAGUGAAACAAGUCUGCUACAUCCCUUCUCGGGUGUUGAGAUCGAGUUGCCCCAUCCAAAUACUACCAAAAAUUAUGAAGACCAUGAGGUAGGCUAUCCAUGGACUUUUUUUCACAAAGCAGUUUUAUCAGCUAGUCCUUCUCAUACAUCGAACUACAUUCUCGCUGCGAUUGACGGAAAUAUGAAAUUCUUCAGUUUUUGGAGGCCAGGAGAUUUGAGAUGGACUAGGAUUGACGACGUAAACUCUCCCUAUAAACAUAUACAUCGUGAUCUGGUCUAUUAUACUGAAAAUUUUUAUGCAGUUGAUUGGAGUGGCCGUGUGUUAGUCUAUGAUGUUACUGGUUCUAGUCCCACUCACUCUCAAAUAGUAGCCAUCUUACCACCCCAUCACAAGGGAGACGAGUUCUAUAUCCUAGAAUCAAUGGGGUCAUUAUUUGUAGUUGUGCGCUACGGUGUAAAAAGUAGGGCGCCUAUCAGAGAAGAUAGUAGCAGGAUUUCAUUAACACCAAUAUAUGAAGAUGAUAACGAUGGUGAAACUUAUGGGACAACAAGUUUUGGAGUUUUUGAGGUCGAUUUAGCUGCUGGAAGAUUGAGGGAAACCAAGGAAGUAGGGGACAGAGCUCUUUUUUUGGGUGCUAAUGCAUCUAUCUCAGUACAGGCUUCACAUUUUCCAGGGGUCAAGCCCAACCAUAUUUAUUAUACUGAUGAUUUUGUGGAAUCAUACCUCUCCUAUGAAGAAGGGGGUGGCAUGGAUAUGGGUGUUUAUAACAUAGCAAAUUGCAGCUUUGAGCCUCACUACAACGGCGUUUCUCUCAGUCGUGUUUGUCCACCGAUUUGGGUCACUCCAACUCUGUAUUGAUCUGUAUUGCUUGCUUCCAUUUUAUAUUAUGUAUUUGGAGAAUGUUUCAUAAUUUAUUUUAUGCAAAACCAUUUUCCUUGUUGAGCACCAUAAGUUAUAUAUAUGUAUAGAUUUAUGUAUAUGUUUAGAUUUAUAAUAGGUUCAGAACUGAAAUUGGUUAGCAGAAAAGAAGAAAUAAAGGGAGAGAACAAGUCAUCUGAUGUUGAUGCUCUACUAUGAUGCUUUAAGCUGAUGUUUGUUUUGAAAUUAUUCUAUAAUAAAUGGAUGACAGUAUCAUUACCUUUUAGUGUAAUGCUUAUGUUUUCCAAUUGAAGUGGCAUGGUACUGUGUAACUUCUCAGUGUUCCUUUCAA